UCAACUUAUUCGGGAACAUUUCCAGCGCCAAAAACCCCAAAUCGCAAAACCAAACCUCCCCAUCACCGGCGAACCCUCCUGAGCAGUUUCCGGGAACCAGCUCCGGCGAAUGGACGGCGGGCAAAGGGGUCGUCCACCCACUGGGCCUUCACUUCUUCCGGAUGAACUCCUUUGCGAGAUUUUCACAAGACUCUCCGCCAAAACUCUCUCCAAAAUCAGGUGUGUUUCGAAAUCAUGGCUUUCUAUAAUCUCUAGCCAAGAAUUCGUAAAAUCCCAUUUCAAAAAAUGGGAUAAUGAUGAUGAAUUCACCCACCAUAGCAUCAUUGCAAAGUAUAUCAACCCACAUUUGCAGGUGAAGCAAUGCUCAGUUUACUCUUUACUGAAAAAUCCCGCAACUCCUGCAGCUAGAAUUGAUUAUCCUGGGGAAAAUCCCCCACAUUCCGCUUCGGUUGUGGGUUCUUGUAAUGGGUUGAUUUGCAUUUUGUUAGAUGAACAAGAUUUGUACCUGUGGAACCCAUGUACUAGACAAUCCAGAAAACUGUCUGAUCCAGGCUUUACUGGGAAUUCCCGUUCGUUUAAUUUUUAUGGCUUUGGGUAUAAUGAGUCCAAUAAUGAUUAUAACGUAGUUCUAGGUUCGAUUAGCAGUGUUGAAAGGAAGAUUGAGGUUGUGAUUUAUAGUCUAAAGACUGAUUCUUGGAGCAUGAUUGAUAAUUUUCCCACUUGUCUUCCUUGGUUGGAAACUGGGGCAUUUGUGAGUGGGAAACUCCAUUGGGCUGUAUCUAGUUGUGUGUGCGAUUGUGAUGCGAGAGUUGUUUCUCUUGAUCUUGUGCGACUUGAAUAUGGAGAAGUACGGCUUCCUGGAUGUGUGGAGGAUGCUUCCGUUUUGACACUCGGUGUUUUAGGGAAGUGCUUAUGUGUAAGCAUUUUGUAUUGCUACCAGCCGAAUGUGAUAUGGAAGAAGAAUGUGGGUUUAUGGGUGAUGAUGGAGUAUGGAGUGGUAGAGUCUUGGAUUAAGGUAGUGAGCGUGCGGCCAUAUCAUGCACCAUUGUGUAUCAGUGCCAAAGGUGAGAUUUUGCUGACAUCUUCAUCUGACUUUGGAUUGUACAAUUUGGGAGAUGAGUCAAUGAGAUAUCCCAGAAUUGAAGAUGUGGACGAUGUCUAUCUUGAGGGACAUAUCUAUGUUGAAAGUCUGGUUUCACCCUUUGCUGAUGAAGAAAGGCUACAUGACCAGCAAAGAUGAGUAUGAUCUAUAAAGUACUGCUGGAACUGUCUGAGAAAUGGUCAUAAGAUGUCUUCAUCUAUUUAUGUACCUCAAAUAUGCUGCUUUCACCACCCUGGCACCUCGUUUCUGAAACUUCAUUAGUACAGUCCAGAAACUUUGAUGAUUCUUGUUGCUGGUGUAUACUUAAGACUCAAGCUUCAAGUACACCCACUGACCAAAUUCUCUUAGUUGCGAGUUUUCACCACAGUUUAUUAGAUGAUACUUGAGCUUUGAUGAUGACCAGGAUUUCAUGUAAUUAACAUCUUAGUUGUUUACAAGUUUGCCCAUUUUGUAGGUUAGAGAUUACUGAUCCAGUUGAGAGAAUGAUGCUUAAUAUUUGUUGGUCUUUCUCCAAAAGCUAUAAUUUGAGUCAUCUUUCUUAGAGUGCACCAUAUGUGACAGUCAUGAAGAAGUUGAAAAUAUUUAGAAUCAAAACUAGCAUAGUUGAAAGAGAUAAAAUGGUCUUGAAGCAGGAGGAAGACUUUGAUGAAAAAAAUCGUUAAAUGUGGUCAAAAGAGAUUGGCCUUUUGAAAAGUUUUUGCUUUGUACUGUUGCUCAAUUCAUAUACAGAAGCUUGCAUGUUUUCUGCUCCUUCAUUGUCCUGUUGGCGGCUGCUGUUCUUCAUGGAUGAAGAUUUGCAGAUUCUCUCUGUGCCAUAUUUGCUUUAGAUUGUUGUUUUGUAUAGUGGUAAGCUUUGGUAGAUAUCAUAUGAAAAAAUCUUUUCUGUUCAAUUGGUAUUUCUACUCAAGUGGAACUGACUACAUGAUUUUCUUUGAUGUUAAGAUUUUUAGUUUGACAUUCUCGAUUCUUGCUGGCAAAAAUCAAACUUCCAGUUAGUUUUUUCAUGAGUUAAUUUUAGUUAAUUAUUGAUGUCAUGAAAGUUGCAUUACCUUAUCUUGUCCAAGACGAGAUAAGUGACAAACUCUUCAUCUGACGACAUCUAUCAUUUGCUUCCUUCCAAUUUUUCUGGUUGGGCUCUUUUAGAGGUAGCUGGUUUCUGACAUAAAUAGGAAGCAUGUGUGAGCGGAAUUCUAUGAAGUUUGAAUGAAAAUUUUGUAGCUGCCUUUGAGAUGAAUAUUUGUUGAAAUCCUCAUGAAAUAGCAGAUAUUUGUGCUGUAUGAAUAGGCCUUCAAAUGGUAAUUGAAAAUCAAAUUCCAAAAGUACUUGUAUUAUCUUACUCAAAAGCUCACAGAUUGAACCAGCUUCUACCAGGAACUGUCGAGAUGGAAGGCCUGGUGGGAGCACUUGUGCUGGACUGCCAAAAAAUGAUGGAAAUUAUCCUACUUCAGAAGCAAAUACUAUGCAGGGGGAAACUUAACAAUAUUGCUAGACCUUUGGCUAAGGCGGGGAUAUCUUUUGUCUGUACUCGCAAUGAAGCAUGUUUUUUAAAUGUGGAGUUUGUAGUGUGGAUGUAUACUCUUGUUACUGUUAUUAAUGACAUUCCUUUUUUAAUUUUGGAAAAUAAACGUGACUUUUCUUAAAUCUUAAAUUAUUGGCUCUGAGAAUGAAUUUUUUCCUUUUACUCGAAAAAA